GUCUUUAGAUCAUUUCUUUUCAACUUACUGGAAUUGAGAAUUUUUCCAUCUGGUUUCGAUCUAUGAGAUUAUCUCUAUUAGGUAGAAACAAAUUGGGGUUAGUUGAUGGCUCUAGUUCUAAGGAUAAGUUUCCAGCUGAUAUGGCUAAUUAUUGGGAGAGGGUAAAUGCUAUUGAGUUUUGUGUCUAAGAAUUUAUUAGGUGGAAUCAUGUAUGCUACAAAUGCUUAGGUGGUAUGAAAUGAUUUGUGUGAAAGGUUUAACAAGAUUGAUGGUUCAAGAACCUUUAACGUGCAUAAAGAAAUUACAACACUUUCUCAAAGAACUGCAUCUGUUUUAAUAUACUACUCAAGAUUGAAAGAUCUAUGGGAGGAAUUUGAGGCUCUAGUGUCCAUCCCUGGCUGCAAUUGUGAUACUACAAAAAACUAUGUUGCUCACUUACAAAAGUUAAAAUUGUUCCAGUUUCUUAUGGGACUGAAUGAGGCCGAUAGUCAGGCUAGGAGUCAAAUCCUAAUGAUGAAUCCAUUACCCUCAAUUUACCAAGCAUAUGCAAUGAUCGUAAGUGAUGAAGGUCAAAGAUCAGUCAGUGCAAAUGCAGGAAUUCUUGGUUCUAAUCCUGUGUCUACAGGUUAUGAAUCUGCAAUGUUUUCAAAAGGGGUUGGAUCUACUGUGUAUAACAAGUCUGGAGUGCAACAGGGUCAGAGAUUCAAGAAAAAUUAUAAUCUGCAAUGUGAAGUGUGCAAAAUUAGGGGCCACACCAAAGAAAACCGUUGGAAAGUGGUUGGCUAUCCUCCCGACUUCAAAUCUAAGAAGAAGUAUGGGCAUAAUGAUGUGUGUGGUGCUGCUGUUGAGUACACAUCUCAGGACAGUUCUGGUGGUAUGCAAGAAUUGAGCAGUGGAAAUCUUAACAAAUUUGUUGAACCAAAGAUACAGCUUGGUGUUCAGAUGGUGCAGGCACUUCAGAUUACUCCUUGUGUCUUUACAAAUGAUCAAUAUAAUCAAAUUCUGCAGCGGCUAAACAAGGAGGAACAAACUAAGCAUACAACAUAUGUUGCAGAUAUGUUAAUUUUAGGGAAGAUGUGUUUCUAUUCAAACUCACAAACUCAGGAAAUCAACCUAUUUCCUCUGACUGCUAAUCAACUCAAUGACACCUUGAUGAGACUUUAACCAGAAAGACCUGCAUAUAUAAUAUUUCCACACUUACAUGAAGAUAUUUCACCUCAUACUGAUCAUGGAGAUGCUCCACCUCAGCCUGAUCAGGUUCAAGUGCAUCCAGAGAUUCAAUAAGCACCUGUAGCAACAAUUAUUCCUUAAUCUGAAAUAGCUACUAGAAGAACAACAAGAGAUAGAAAAGCACCUCUUUGGAUGAAGGAUUUUGCGUCAUUGAAUAUACAUCAGAAUAAACCAUAUGCUAUGAACAAAUUCCUGAACUAUGAUCUACUGUCAAACAAGUAUCAAGUAUUCAUAGCCAACUCUUCCAUGGAUACUGAACCUACAUGCUAAAAUGAGGCUAUCAAGGAUGUAAGAAGGGUAGCAGCUAUGCAGGUUGAGAUUGAAGCACUUGAAAAAAAUCAAACUUGGGUGGUCACUAGUUUACCUCAAGGGAAGAAACCUAUAAGGUAUAAGUGGAUAUUCAAGAUAAAGUAUAAAGAUAUAGGGGAAGUAGAAAGGUUCAAGGCAAGGUUGGUUGCCAAAGGCUAUAGUCAAUAAGAGGGUAUUGAUUUUCAGGAAACUUUUUCACCUGUGGUGAUGAUGAAGACAGUGAGGAUAGUUCUUACUAUUGCAUCAUAAAAACACUGGUUUGUACAUCAAAUGGAUGUAUACAAUGCAUUCUUACAAGGGGAUCUUCAUGAGGAAAUCUAUAUGCAAUUACCACAGGGCUUUAAGAGUUAGAGGGAGACACAACCAGUAUCCAGAAUCUUAAAAUCCCUGUAUGGACUGAAACAGGAUCCUAGGCAAUGAAAUGCCAAACUUUCAGAAGCUUUAGUCAAGAUGGGGUUCAGUCAAAGCCAAUAUGAUCAUAGUCUAUUUGUAAAAAGGACAACUGAAGGCGUGACCAUAGUGUUGGUGUAUAUAGAUGAUAUGUUGAUUACCGGUGAUACAUUAAAGUUGAUUGAAGAUACUAAAGAGAAACUACAAGAGGCAUUCAAGAAAAAAGACCUUGGAGAGUUAAAAUAUUUCUUGGGGAUAGAAUUUGCAAGAUCGGAAAAGGGUAUCUUAAUGCACCAAAGGAAGUACAUACUGGAAUUGAUAUCUGAAUGAGGACUUGGAGCAGCUAAACCAGCAGGCACACCUUGUGACAUAAAUGUCAAACUUACUACUACGAUGAUCACACGUGUAAUAGUAAGACAACACCCAGUGACCCUCUGAUAGAUCAAUAUGGUUAUCAAAUGCUUAUUGGAAAAAUUUUAUACCUUACUAUGACCAGACCAGAUAUUGCUUAUUGUGUGCAAACUCUCAGUCAAUUCCUUCAACAACCAAAGAAGUGUCACAUGGAUGCAGCCAUCAGGGUAGUUAGAUACAUCAAAAAAGAACCAAGUCUAGGAGUUUUGUUGUCUAGUCAGGUCAAGAAUGAAGUCACUGCAUAUUGUGAUGCAGAUUGGGCAUCAUAUUCAAAUUCAAGGAAAUCUAUCACUGGCUACUUUGUGAAGCUAGGAGAUUCUAUAGUAUCCUGGAAAUCCAAAAAACAAAAUACUAUAUCCAGAAGCUCGGCUGAAGCAGAAUAUAGAAGCAUUGCAGCAACAGUUGUUGAACUAAUAUGGCUACAAGGUCUUAUGAAGGAAAUCAAAGUUGAUAUUGAAUUACCUACUGUAAUUCAUACAGAUAGCAAGUCUGCAAUGCAGAUUGCUUACAAUCCUGUUUACCAUGAAAGGACUAAACACAUUGAGAUAGUUUGUCACUUCAUAAGGGAAAACAUCAACAAAGGUUCAAUGGCAGUCAACUACAUACCUACUAAAGAGCAGCCGACAGACAUCCUUACUAAAGGGCUUAACAGAUUCCAACAUGAUUACCUUUUGUUCAAGCUAAGCAUGAUCAACAUCUUUGGGACUAUCUAGCUUGACGGGGGUGUUGAAGUACCAGAAGAAAGAAAUCUUUUCUUUACAAAAUUGUUAACUAUUUUCUGAGAAGUUAGUUACUAACUGUUUUGACAGUUAUUUGGAAAUUAGUUAGUUAUGGAUAGGUGAGCCUAGAACAAUCCUUUUUCUCACUAUAUAUACAUGUGUGAUGAUAACUCUUUCAACGUAAGAGAGAAUUAAUAAUAAGAAAAUUCCUCAAGUUUCUUCUUCCUCA